AUGAUCAUGAAGAACAUAUACAAGGAAGAAAACCAUACUAACAUCCAAGUAACAAAAGGGAACAUACCUGAAGAUCUGGAUAAAACAAGUCACGAAGAACCAAAUAACCAGACAAAGAACGAAGAGGAAAUAGUUGCAAGAAAUAAGAACAAAUUCGAAAAGCAAUUAAUAACUAAACUUCUUGAAUUGAGAAAUACGGUUACAUGCAAACUGAUCUUCAAACAGAUCUUUUCCAAUUCAAAUAAUUUGAAAGAACAAAAAAUCAAGAAGCAAAAACGCGAAGACAUUGAAAUUCUAUCAAAAAUUGAAGAUUCGUACAAUCAUGAGCUUAAUCACCAAUUCUGGUUUACUAAUAGUUUUAUAUCAGUUUUCUACUAUGUUAGUAUUGAUUUUAGAUGUUUUGCAGGAAAUAACACACUGAAGGCUCUCAUAUACUAUAAUGGAAAAUGGGAUGCAAAUUUUAAUUACUCAGACUACAUAAUGAAAGGAAUUAUAAUACCAGAUGACACAAAUUUUGAAAACCUCCGGUCAAUGAUAGCAAAUAUACUGCAAGUUAACUAUUGGGAAACCAACAUGGAGAUCAAAUAUCAGUUGGAGAACAACGGUCAAACUUUAAAAGUUGAAGACGACAACAGCCUCAUAUUUUACCUUGAAAUGAGAAAGAGUGACUCUAUGAUAACAAAGUUUCCGCUUUGCAUUUCAACCAAAAAAUCUGAAGAACAGCCCCAACUACCGAUGAUUAACAGCAACUCUUGGACGACAGUGAAUGAAGAGCAAACAGAAAAUGUAGUAUCCAAAGACUCACCCAUGGAUUUUGUAGAAUAUGCUGAUUUUUUCAGAAAACAGAUCAGUAUAGAAGUUGAAGAAGCUGAAAGUAAACUAGAAGACUACCGAAUUAUAACUGAUCCAAAUCAAAAAGAAGUCUAUGUUGGGCAAAUCUUUAAAGAUAAAACGAUCAUGAAGACAUGUUUGAGUUUAUAUGCAAUUGCUAACAACUUUCAGUUUAAAGUGAUUAAAUCAUGCACAAUUGAGUAUGUACUCAAUUGUUUGGAUAGAAAUUGCAAAUGGAGUUUAAGGGCUUCAAGAGAUGGAAGGACAAGCAUGUUUCUUAUUAGAAGACUCAACAACAUUCACACAUGCUCAGUAGACAUUAGAAUGGAAGAAAAAAGGCAGGCAACAUCUUCAAUUGUAGCAGAGGUGAUAAAAUCAAAGUUUUUGAAUGUCAAAACAAUUUACACACCUGGAGAUAUAAUUUCAGACUUUCAAAAGGAAUAUGGUGUGAUUUUGAAUUACAAUAAAGCUUGGAGACCGAAGGAAAAGGCGCUUGGACUGAUUAGAGGUAAUCCGCGUGACUCUUAUGGUGUUUUGCCUAGUUACUUUCAUAUGAUUUUGGAAACAAAUCCCGGAUCAGUAGUAGACAUUCAAACUGCAGAAGGCAAUAGAUUUCUAUAUGCUUUUAUGGCGCUCGAUGCUUCGAUAAAGGGCUGGAAAUAUUGCAGACCGGUGGUUGUAACAGAUGGUACUUUCUUAAAAUCAAAUUAUGGUGGAACUCUAUUGACAGCAUGCACACAAGAUGGAAACGGUAAAAUUUUUCCUCUAGCAUUUGCUAUUGUCGACUCUGAGAAUGACGCUUCAUGGGAAUACUUUUUUCGAAAGUUCAAAGAAGCUUUUGGUGAAAAGGAUGGACUUUGUAUCGUAUCAGAUAGAUGUGAAAGCAUUUCUAAGGCAAAAAACAAGCUAUUUCCUCAAGCAAGUCACGGGAUAUGUAUGUUUCAUCUUCUGAAUAAUCUGAAAUCUAAAUUCAAGAAUAAAGAUAAUAAGGUUAAAGAAUGUUUUUAUGCUGCUGCAAAGUCAUACACAGUUAUGAAGUUUGACUACCACAUGAAGGAGCUUGAUAACAUAAAUGUACAAAUUCGACCCUACCUAAUGAAAAUCGGAAAAGAAAAAUGGGCAAGGGUGUACUCAAAAUUCCCAAGGUACUCAACAAUGACAUUAAAUAUUGCUGAGUCUAUGAAUGCAGCUAACAAAGCAGCUAGAGAUUUACCGGUAACAACACUUAUGGAAUAUUUGAGGAGUUUGAUUCAAAAUUGGAGUUACACAAAUAGGACUAUUGCAGCAUCAACAUUUACAAAGCUGACAAAUAGAGCAGAAGAGCAGCUCAGAGAAAACUACUCAUAUUCUUUAAGAAUGAAGUUCACACCAUCAAUGACAGCUUUAUACAGUGUGCAAGAUGGAACUAACACAUACAUAGUCAAGCUAAAGGAAAAGACAUGCACAUGCAGUAGAUUUCAAAUGGAUGAAAUGCCAUGUGCCCAUGCACUUACAGUAUUGAGCUCAUUAUACCAAGAUCCAUAUCAGUAUUGCUCAUCUUUUUUCAGCAAAGAAAACUUGGUUGCAGUUUAUGAGGGUGUUGUCUAUCCAAUGCCAAGCAAAAACAAUUGGGAUAUAUCUGCUGAAAUUGAAGGAAUGACAGUUCAUCCACCUAUAGCACUAGUACCAGCUGGAAGACCAAGAAAACAAAGAAUAAAGUCAUCAGCGGAAGGGAAACAGCAAAACAAAUGUGGAAGAUUAAUUGACAUUAUACACAGAGUAUUCUUUGAUUGUUUCUAG